AUGGAUAAUACACCGCCUCUGCACACAGCAGCGGACCUGGAGUUACGUGCGGCGCGCGUCGCAGACCCCAGCAUAGAUCUCAAAACAAAGUAUGCAGUCGCAUGCGAGCUGCGCGAGAUGAUAGACACCGUCCGCGAGGCUGAAGUCCGCGUGCUCCCCCAUAUGAUCCCUGUCCUCCUCGAAAUCCUGCGGUCUGGCGAGCCCUCCUUUCAGAAGGACAGUCUCGAGUUCCAGUUCCGUCGCAGCCUCCUCGAAAUUCUCCACCGCAUCCCCUCCCUCGAACCUGUUCGUCCCCAGAUUCUCCCGCUCUUCCAUGGCAUGCUCUACCUGCUCCGCCAUGACAAUGAAGAAAUCGGCGUGACUUGCUGCAAGACAUUCGCUGACCUCACUCGCGGAAUGCGCACACUCAACGAGGAGGUGUUCGCCGAGUACAUGUCCAUACUUCUCACUCUCCACGACAAUCUUAAACAGUUGACGGUCGAGGCGCUUUCCGAGGAGUCCCCCGAACUGGAUCCCAACACGUCUCUUCCUGCCAUCCGAAGCUUCAAGGUUGCGACGGAGAUGGACUUCCUGCUUGUCCCCUUCUUGCAAUUCAACCGAAGUCUUGUCGUGACCCACUUGCCCACCAUCAUUCCACGCCUCCUCGAGUUCCUCGAGGUUCAGUCUCCUGCCCAGCUGAAGGCCCGAGAGGACUCUGAGGCAAUGGGCGAGAUCUGGGCUGGAAUGGCUCCGACCAUCAAGAAUGCUCAGAUAUAUACGGACUACAUUGUCGCCCAGUUGAAGUGCACCUCGUCUCUGGUGUUCAUCGUGAGAGGCCUGCCCGAGCAGUACGAUGCGGAGGGGGAGAAGCUAGUGCUCACGAUGCUAAGGCUCUUCCAAGACUGCCCAGCGCUGGCUAUCACCGCUCGCAAGGACUUGUCUACACUGAUGAGACACCUGGGAGGGACGUCUCAUCGACGCGCAUUAUUGCCCCACAUUGACAAGCUGCUUGACGAACGUGUACUGCUCGGCAACUCGGUGGGAGGCCGAGAGAUGUUGCGCAUCACGCUCUUUACUGCCGUCGGGGACCUCCUGCACCACUUGAGGGCUGAGCUCACUGCUGCGAACCUCACUCGCAUCUUCACCGUCUUUGUUCAGCACCUGCACAACCCUUUCCUGUCCACCCACAUGCAUGUCAUGUCUGCGAAGGUCAUUCUCAACCUCAUCGAGAUUGAGGUCCAGAAGGACAUUCACCAGAACGCCGCCCGCAUCUUGACCAUGCUCUUGGAAGCGUGCGUCGACAAAGUGGAUUCCCUUGUGUCCGUGCAAGCCGAGAGGAUCAGUAAGGCGGCGAAGGACAAAGACGCGGCCUCGGAGUUCGUUGACUUUGCCGCCAUUGAGAAGUCGAGACCACUCGUAAACCCCUGCUAUGCUACAGAGAAGCCGGAGGAUCAUGUCGGAGAGUACCGCAAUCUCGUUCGCACCAUCCUCCACGUUUUCCGCGGGCUCAUUGUGGGGUUGAAGAAGUCCGAUGCACCAGUCCCGGACGGUGCUCUCAUCGCCCGCAUGUUCGACAGCUGCGUUCGAGCGAUGGCGUUCUUCGACACGGACGCACGAGAUGCGCACGACGCUAUGGACUGGCUCGCUGGGGGGUUGGCGGAGCUGAACCUGCAUAUAUUCCAGGAGGUUUGGACACGCAAGAUUGGUUUCUAUCUCGCGGCAGCUGAGAAGCGGCCACUCUUGAUGCAUCUUGCAAGCGUUCUCUUCGGCAAGGAAGCCACCUCUCCUACUCUAGUCGCUAUUGUUCUCCGCCAUCUUGUGGACAGGCUCCCUGAGCUUGGAGACUACGACGACCAGUCCGCUGCCGUGCUGAUACGCGUCUUCAAGAUGGCGUUCUCGGCGGUGACGACCUUUCCUCAGCUCAACGAGUCUAUCCUCGCGUCGCACUUGGGCAAGCUGAUCAUGGAUUGCUUCCCUCUGGCAGCGAAGACUACAAGACCGAUCAAUUACUUCCAUCUCCUCCGCGCUCUCUUCCGCUCCAUCGGCGGCGGGGGCGGUCGGUUUGAGCUGCUCUACAAGGAGGUUCUGCCCCUCCUACCCGACAUGCUAGAAGGUCUCAACCGCCAACUCCAAAGUGCCGAGAAAGGCAGGCGUGACAUGAUCGUCGAGCUCUUCCUCACUGUUCCCCUCCGCUUGACCCACCUCAUUCCAUACCUCUCCUACCUCAUGAAGCCUCUGGCGUUGGCACUGCGAGGCACCCCGGACCUGGUCACCCAGGGCCUGCGCACGCUCGAGCUCUGCAUCGACAACCUGACCCCGGACUUCCUCGACCCGACGCUGAACGCCGUUCUGCGCGAGUUGAUGGAGGCUCUCCACGACCUUCUGAAGCCGACGCCAGCGAACCAUCAUCACGCGCAUACAACCAUUCGCAUCCUCGGCAAGCUCGGCGGUCGUAACCGCAAGCUCUUGGAAAAGGAGCCGCUGCUGAGCUACCGUACGCAGGUGGAGCCAGUCACCGCCCGCUUCUCCUUUGGGCCGCAGUUGGGGAACAUCGAGCUCACCCCGAUGUCGAUCUUGUCGGCAAACAUCUUCUCUUCCACGUCGAAGUACGGGCCACAGUAUCGCCCGCUCGCGUACAGCUAUCUCGAACAGUGCUUGAGCUUGGUGUUGCACGAGGGAGUCAAGGGCCGCGAGCGCGAAGAACUCUUCAUUCGGUCUCUGGAGAACCUCUUCGACGCGCUUCAUGUGCAGGACGUCCAGGAGAAGGCGGAGAAGGCGCUGACCGACCUGUCGCGCUUCUUGUUUGCAUCCGAGGUUCGACGCAACGCGGUCAGGGACGCGAUCACUCGACGCUACCCCAGCCCGAUCUUCCACUGCUACCUGAACGCACUGCAGCAUGGGCUGGCUCGCGACAAGCCCGAGGAGGCCAAGAAGUCACUCGACCUGGUCGAGGCUUCCAUCCGGGAGCUCGUCGCAAUGGCGGCUGGUUCCGAGGUGUCCGUGAACGACGUGGUGGCGACGCUACACCAGAUCGCCAGUCGGUUCCUCUCGUUGUGCCUCGAGGAAGCGUGGAUAUGCCGGAGCGCGGGAUGCGGUGGUAUCCGAGUCAUGACGAACAUCUCUGACUUGGGCGUGCGGUGGGUGAACGAGCGCGAGGUCGAUCUUGUGCGCAUGCUCCUUCACGUACUCAAGGACAUGCCCCACGAUCUUCCGCACGACGCCGACACCGUCGUCGACGUCCUUCAUCGAGUCCUCCGCGUCGGAAACGACAACACGCUCACGAGCGACGGCGAGCAGCUUCGGGAGAACAAGAUUUUGCACGUCGUCGGGCUCUUCUUUGCGGAACUCUCGAGCCCGAAUCCCAUCGUGCGCAAAGCCGCGCAGGAGUGCAUCGCCCUACUUGCAGAGCUCAGCGACAAGUCGAUCUACGACCUCCUCAUGCCUCACCGCGACCGUAUGCUCGCGUCUAUCUACACGAAGCCGCUUCGAGCGCUCCCUUUCCCCCUGCAAAUUGGCAUGAUUGAGGGCAUCCGGUACUGCGUCAGCCUGAAUCCUCCUCUCCCUGAGGCGAACGACGAGCUGUUCCGCCUUCUGCAUGAGACGCUCGCGUUGGCCGAUGCCGACGACAUGGCUCUCGUUGGGCGGACGAACGGACGGCAGAGCAGCUUGGACAUCAUCAAGCUCCGGGUGGCUUGCAUCAAGCUUUUGACUGCGUCUAUGCCCAUGACAGACUUCUUCGCAAGGCAGCAGGCGACGCGACAAAAGGUCACGACCGUCUACUUCAAGUCUCUGUACUCGCCUACUCCCGAGAUCAAGGAGGUGGCGCAUGAGGGCCUCCGGAUGGUGCUGACCCACCAGUCCAGGCUUCCGAAGGAGCUGUUGCAAACGGGGCUUCGUCCUAUCCUCAUGAACCUCGCUGACCCGAAGCGGCUGUCUAUCCCGGGACUGGAGGGUCUGGCGCGCCUCCUGGAGCUGCUCACCAACUACUUCAAGGUCGAGAUUGGCCACAAGCUACUGGACCACUUCCGCAUCGUCGCCGACCCCCAGAUGUUGCAGCAGUCGUCCCGAUUGCCCCUCAUGGAGAACGACGGGAUCAAGAAGCUCGUGUGCCUGGCAAACAUCUUCCAUCUGCUCCCCUCCGCUGCGAACAUCUUCCUUGAGAACCUCGUCAAUGCGAUCGUACAGACAGAGUCCGCCCUCCACUUCUCCGGUGAAAGCCCCUUCUCUGCGCCCCUGGCGAAGUACCUAGACCGUUAUCCCUCCGACGCCAUAGAUUACUUCAUGAAGCACCUAGCCUUCCCGAUGCAAAUUCGUACACUCAGGAGCAUCCUACGCGCGAAGCUUGCGCCAAAUCUACUCCGCGAGCUCAACGCGAGGACUAGUCUUCUCGUCAUGGCGUGUCUGGAAGGAAGAGACGCGAACCUCGUCAUGCCAGGUCUUCUGCUCUGUGCCGACCUUUCCGAGCUAGUGCCUGGUUGGGUCCUUGACAACAAGCACGCCGUCGACGCCGUCAUCGCUCUCUGGAGGAGCGAGCCUCUGGUGGAAUCCCCGAACGCCCCAUCUGCGGAGCUGCUGCAGAAGUACACUCUAAUGCUUUCGAUCUUCAAGCAGGCUCUCGAGCAGUCGCCGCGCAUCGACAUCCUCUUCGACCUCGUGAAUGUGUUCAUCCGGCGCCACCCGCUCGACGUCGUCAGCGUGAUCCAGUUCCUCUACCGCCAUGUCGCUCUGAGCACAAACCUGGCUUUCCGGAGGAACAUCCUCCUACGAUUCCUCAUCUGGUUCGACGACCCUUCCUAUACCUGGGCGCAGAAGGCGUUGUUCCUUCAGUAUAUCAUCACGCCGAUGUUGCUGAUGCACGCCACACAUUCCCCCACGAAGGCGGGCCUCGUGGACGCCGACAUCAUUCAGCGUAUGCAGAACCGCAUAUGGCAGCCUUUGGGGGCCUCGGAGAGUACCGCCUUGACCGCCUUCCCUGGUGCCGACGACUUGGUCAAGAUCGAAUUCCUGCGACUCACUACGAUCAUGGUCCAACACUACUCGGAGUUUUUGCAGGAGGCGAAGAGGGACAUCAUCAAGUGCACCUGGCUCUUCAUCAUCAGCGAGGAUCCCCUCGUGAAGCAUAGUGCGUACGUUCUCGCUGCGCGCUUCUUCGACGUCUUCGACGGCCCUCCGAAGUUCCUCUUGCGGCUCUGGACUGGUCUUCUCAAAGGUCCGCAUUCCGAAGGGAGGCAUCUGGUCAGGCAGGCUCUCGACGUCCUGGCGCCCACCCUCCUGCGUUCGCAGUCGUCCGAGCCCGGCUACCCUCAGUGGGCGAAGACCACAAGGCGGCUCCUGGCUGAGGAUGGCGUCAACUCCACCCAGACGAACCUCGUGUACCACCUCAUCGGCGCGCAGCCGGCUCUCUUCUUCCCCGUCCGCGCGCUGUUCGUUCCCCACAUCGUCAACCACCUCAUGAAGCUCGGCCUAUCUCCGGGCUCAAACAUCGAGUCUAGGUUGCUGUCCAUCGAAUUGGUGCAAGUGAUCUUCGACUGGGAAACGAAGGCCUCAGCCUCAGCCUCGAGCAUGGACGUCGACAACGCUCCCUCUUCGACCCCCUCGGAAGAAUGGGUCACUCCGCUCGGCUUCCGCGAGAACAUGGUCAGCUACCUGAUCAAGCUCUCCACUACCGCCCUCGAUGUGCAGUCCAGGUCGAUGGUUAUCCCGCGAGCGUUGGCGCUGCUGCGCAACCUCAUCGGGCAGGAGGGAUGGGGAGAUGUCACCAUCAAGCUGAACUUCUUCUCUCGCGCUCUUGAGCAGAACGACUUCACCGAAGACGCCGCGAAGCUGUCAGCGACGAGUACAGCGAAGGUGUUGCAACUUGUCUCUGCAGAAAGGGACGACGCGUGGUUCCGGAACAAUGUCGCCGCGCUCACCAAACUCGUCCGGAAGGGGAUGUUUUCCGAGGACCCUGUCUUGCAAGACGCGCUGUAUCCCGUGGUCGAUCGGAUUCUUCGACUAUUCCCCCUCCCCAAAGAAGAAGACCUCUCCCAGAGCGAGAUCUCCGAGUUCCACACCAUCGUGCACACGGCCAUUGGCGAUAGCAUCAGGAGCUCUGAGAGCACGCGGCCCGCGUCGCUACGGGGAUGUCUGCUUGUGCUGAAGACGGUCGUGCAGGUGGCGCCAGAGCGCAUCGAGGCCUACUGCGCCAACCUCAUGAAGCUCCUCAGCAAACUUGCCAAGGAUCACCUCCACACCACUGUCCCCGGCACGCCCGGCUUCGAGAUGCUUGUCCGGAUCCUGAUCGCCAUCCUCGAAGUUUGCCAUAUUGCAGUCGUUCACCUCGGCGAUCAGCGCAAGUGGCUGCUGAGCACCCUCGUCGUACUUGUCGACAAAUCGAAGAGCAUCCACCUCUGUCGUUACCUGCUCGAUAUUGGGCGGGACUGGGCGAUGAACAAACGGGACGCAUACCCGACGAUGAAGGAGAAGGCAAGCUUGUUGCAGAAGAUGGUGCAAUAUGAAGUUCGCGGCGAACGAGGCGAAGUGGUAUACAACAACUACCUCGAGCUCAUCUACGAGAUCUACACCGACACGUCCCUCCGUCGCAGCGACCUCACGACGCGGUUGGAACACCCCUUCCUUCUCGGAUGCCGCGCUGUUGAUCACACUAUCCGCGAACGCUUCAUUGACCUGUUGGACAACAGUGUGCCUCGCUCGCUCUACAGCAGACUUGUCUUCAUCUUGGGUGUGCAAAGCUGGGAGCAUCUGGCCGACCACAACUGGAUCUAUCUGGCGCUCCACCUACUACUGGGAUCCGUCGAAGGUGACCUCACGGUCUCUCCAGACCGACGGGGCACAUUCGAGUCUGGGUGGUCCACUCCGCCGUUCCCGCUUUCCCGGGCGUCUGCCUUCAUCAAGCCGAUGCAGCGUCUACUCUUCGUGGACAAGCAGGUUGCUCACGACGUAUGGGUCUCGGUUUUCCCUGCAGCAUGGGCCUGUCUUACGAGACGGGAGCAAGCCGACAUCACUCAUCAUAUGAUCACCCUCCUCAGCAAGGACUACCACAUCCGACAGGCGGAGAUGAGGCCCAAUGUGAUCAUGACCCUCCUCGCCGGCAUUCAAGCCUGUUCCUCUCCGAUGACGCUACCACCCCAUCUCGUCAAGUAUCUCGCGAAGACCUUUGGCGCUUGGCAUAUCGCUACCGAGAUGCUCGAGUGCUCGUUGACGUACGUUCGGGAGGACGAGAUCGUCGUCCGGGACACGAUCUACGACUCCCUGGCGGAGCUAUACGCCGAACUGGCGGAGGAGGACGUCUUCUAUGGGCUCUGGCGCCGUCGCGCCCUAUACGCUGAGACCAAUGCCGGCAUCGCAUUCGAGCAAGCUGGCAUGUGGGAGCAAGCGUCCAACGUGUACGAGAUGGCGCAAACUCGUACCAGAGCUGGUGCCUUGCCGUUCUCGGAGUCCGAGUUCUGCCUUUGGGAAGAUCACUGGAUCCUCUCCGCUGAGAAGCUUCAACAUUGGGACAUCUUGUUCGAGCUCGGGAAGCAGGACCAGAACGUCGACCUGAUUCUGGAGAGCGCCUGGCGGACUAAGGACUGGGUCGACAACCGGGAGCAGAUGGACAACUAUGUCAAGGAACUGCGGGACGUGGCUACCCCCCGGCGACGCGUCUUCGAAGCCUUCAUUGGCUUGCUCAAGAUGCAGACUACGCCGGACAAGAACACGGACUACACGAAGAUCCUCGACGAGGCGAUGCAACUAGCGCUACGCAAAUGGGUCAACCUUCCUCACCAGUUCUCCACCGCACACAUCCCUCUGUUGCAGCACUUCCAGCAGAUCGUCGAGUUACAGGAAGCAAUUCAGAUUUUCGCGUCGCUCGCGGUCACAACGGCUCAGAACUUGGAGAAGAAGUCCUCAGAUCUCAAGAUGCUCUUGCAGGCCUGGCGCGAACGUCUACCCAACAUCUGCGAUGACAUCACCAUCUGGAGCGACCUCGUCGCCUGGAGGCAGAACGUUUUCAACGCGAUCAACAAAGCUUACAUCCCGCUCAUUGCGCCUGCGAACCAAGGGAGUGGCGCUAAUGCGGGGAGCACGAACACCUUCGGGUACCGCGGCUACCACGAGACGGCUUGGAUCAUCAACCGUUUCGCACACGUCGCGCGGAAGCACGAGCUACUCGACGUCUGCUUCACCUCCCUCAAUCGCAUCUACACUCUGCCCAACAUCGAGAUUUCCGAGGCCUUCCUGAAGCUCCGCGAACAAGCUCGAUGCCACUAUCAGAAGCCGGGAGAUCUGCAGGCGGGCUUGGAGGUUAUCAACAACACGAACCUCAUGUACUUCUCCAACACCCAGAAGGCGGAGUUCUACACGCUCAAGGGCAUGUUCCACGCGAAGCUGGGCCGGAACGACGAUGCCAACAACGCAUUUGGGCAGGCCGUUCAACUUGAUAUGUUCCAAGCCAAGGCAUGGGCGGCCUGGGGCAAGUACAACGACAAGAUGUUCAAGGAGAUUCCGACGGAUAUGUCCUAUGCAUCGAACGCCGUCAGCUGUUACCUUCAGGCCGCAGGACUGUACAAGAACAGGAAGAGUCGGCCCUUGCUUACCCGCGUCCUCUGGUUGCUCAGCGUCGACGACAAUAGCCUUUUGAUCUCCCAAGCUUUCGACCGCUACAAGGGCGACGCUGCGUUCUGGUACUGGAUCACAUUGAUCCCCCAGCUGUGCUUAUCGGUCUCCCAACGAGAGGCGAAGCAAGCUCGCUACAUCUUGCUCAAUUUGGCAAAGCUCUACCCCCAGGCCCUCUUCUUCCCUCUCCGUACUACGAAGGAAGAUAUGAACAUGGUGAAGCGGCAAGCGAGCCAGGCUGCACAGGCUGCUGCCGUUGCUGCAGCUCGAGCAAAUCCGCCGCAAUCCGCAGAAGGCGGUGUCAAGGUCAAUGGCGGCAGGGAUGACGGCAAUGUCAACGGCCAAGGGUCUUCCGGACCUCCCAGGCCCCUACCUGCCGAGCUCAACAUACCUGCCGCUACCCGUCAAUCUUGGGAGCUCAUAGACGAGAUCGUCCAAAUCCUCAAGACGGCCUUCCCCUUGCUUAUCCUCACCCUGGAAACCGUGGUCGAACAGAUUGCGCAGCGCUUCAAGGCGUCCUCGGAAGAAGAGAUAUACCGACUGACCUGCAUGCUACUUCAGGAUGCGAUGCAGCAAUAUAUAAUUCGGAUGUCUGCCGAAGACGACGGGCAGCUCACCCCGACGACUGUCACAACGCUGUCUCGUCUGGCCAUCAACCUGUCCGGGUCUGCUCGCAGGGACUAUGAGGAGGACUUCAUCAAGAGCAAACCAAGUUUGCAAGAGUACAUCCGUAAACUUCAGCAAUGGCGGGAUAAGUAUGAACGCCUGCUCGAUGCUCGCCCACGAGUGCAGUCUCUGGACAACCUCACCCAUUACUUGAUCGAGUUCCAGUACACGAAGUUCGACGAGGUAGAGGUACCGGGACAAUACACUGAGGACAAGGACACGAACCAGAACUUCGUCCGCAUUCGCAGGUUCGGCCCUCGAUACGAGAAUUGCCGGUCGCACGGGUAUUGUUGGCGACGACUAACAAUCAAGGGUCAUGACGGUUCCUCCACCUCGUUCGCUGUGCAGCUUCCAUCUGGACGUCAUUGUCGUCGAGAGGAAAGAACGAUGCAAAUCUUCCGCAUCUUGAACAGCACCCUAAGUCGCAAGAAGGAAACCCGCAAGCGCAAUCUCCACUUCCAUCUCCCGGCCGCUGUCUCUUGUGCACCUAACCUCCGGCUUCUACAAAACGACUCGUCAUACAUCACCCUCGGCGACAUCUACGACAAGCAUUGCGAGGAUUCCGGGAUGGCAAGAGAAGAACCAGUGCUGAUGAGCGGCGAGAAGGUGAAGGUUGCCAUGCGCGAGUACAAGCAAAGAAAUGAGAGACAACCACCCACCAAAGGAGAAUUCUACAUCCUGAAGAAGGACCUUCUCGAUGAUGUAGUGGCGAAGACAUGCUCGGAAGACGUCCUCACACGUUACAUGAUGCGAACGAUGGACGGCCCUAGCGAGCUCUGGCGCAUGCGCAAGGAGUUCGCGCUGCAGUUGUCGUCGGUCAGCUUCAUGACGUACCUCCUUUGCCUCGGUAGCCGCCUUCCUUCUCGAUUCCACUGGUCGAGGUCCACGGGCCAGAUUGCCAUGAGCGAGAUCCUCCCAGGCCUCGCCUCUCAGGUCCCACAGUUCCACUCCCCCGACGCAGUGCCUUUCCGGUUCACGCCGAACCUGCAGCACUUGCUUGGCCCCAUCAUGACGGAGGGCAUCCUCGCGGCCGGCAUCAUGUCGAUAGGCCGCUGCCUCACAGAACCUGAGAACGACCUCGAGCAUCAGCUAUGUCUCUUCUCACGCGACGAAGUCAUGACUUGGCUGCACCAGCACCACCGCGGCAAGGUUCCUCAGAUCGACCUCACCUUCCGUAGCCAGGUCGCCCAGAACAUUGAUAGCGUCGUGAAGCGCGCGGAGACGAUGGCCUGCAAGCUCGAGCGCGAGCAGGCCCUGGCGCAGACUGCACAGACCAUCAGCACGAUCCCGGCUGUUCAGACUGUGGCCAGCCUCAUCUCUACCGCGACAAAUCCGAUCAACCUCGUGAAGAUGACGGAGAUGUUCGUGCCCUGGUUCUGAACGGUGAUCUAUCCUCGCAUCUUGCUCUCGCGCGCAUUCGUAUGUUGUACUCGUAGAACGGUGGACUGUAUACCAUGUAUCACAUAAUGCAUAUCUCUCUUGGUCUCUACAUAUGGUUACAUGCGAUGGAAUCCCUCAGUCUGUCGGAAGGCGUUGAUCUCGCGCUCACUAGAGAUCAACAUCUCUUCCGCCAUGUUGUAGAUCUCCGAGCCCGGUCGGUUAUACAUCAUUGCGUUGGCGAACAUCAGGUAUAUAUCGCGCUGGAACUCGAGCGAGUUCGCGAUCAGCCCGUCCUUCACCCUAGACUUGAUCGUCUUCAGGUCCAUAGGCCGCUUCACGAUGUCGUGGUAGUCGGGAGCCUCGGACUUCUUGAUCGGAUUGUGGAAGAUGUUGCCGUAGCGGUGAGCGGAUAUUUGGGAGUGCAGCAUGCCAAUGACGUUCUGAAACCGUUUCGAAACGACGGGGGCAUCUGAGCCGCCAGAGCGCUGAUUCCGGCGUGUCCUUGGGGCGCCGUCGUCCUCGUCUGCGGGUUCCGAGUCUUCCCUGGGCCGUUUGUGCUCUCGUUGCUCAUCGAGCAUCGAUGUAUCACCAUCCGUUGCCUUCCGCUUGCCUUCGCUUCGGGACGAAUACGCCAUCUCCUGCGUCAUGCUUAUCGGUACCUCUGGCGACUCGGGUUCUUGCGAGGCAUCUUCUCCGGAUGGCAGCUCUGGAGGCUGUGGUGUGCCUCGCUCUGCUGCGUCAAGUUCCAUCUCAUCGUCGUGUUCUUCAGGUGAUUUCGCAGGCGUGGGAGGGAGCUCCUCUCCUUGUGAGGUGUCAGGAGGCUUCUCAGCGGCGAAGUUGCCUAUGAGUUCGUCGACGGCUUCGUUGUCGGAGCCUUCCUCCGGCUUUUCCUCGAUUUCAGGCGUGGGCUCAGUCUCAGCGGUGUCCUGUUGUUCCACCUCCGGCUCAGGGGGGGCGUCUUCCGGUUCCUGAUCCGCCGGUACGUCUUCCGAUGCAAUAAGUUCGGAGGCUGCAGGGUGCUCUUCAACCGCUUCUGCAGCAUUGUCGGCCUCUACCACAUCCAGUUGCGCUUCACUGACGUCCAUCUCGGGUUCCUCGUUCGCAAUCCCUACAGAGACGCGUAUCUUGUCAUCCCACGCACCGCUCCGAAUCUCGUCGAUUUCUGUGACAAGUUUCUUGAACUUCGUCUCCUCUGCGGCUAUGAGCUCCCUGAGCUCCUUGACGCGUGCUACAUAGUAACGCUGCGCUAACUUGAGAUGUUUCUCUGAUCGUGGGCCGACGUCUGUUUCUUACCAUUCUAGCUCGGCCUCCUCCAUGAGGCGUUUAUGGAGAACAGGACACGAUUGGGGCGUGAAUGUGUCCUUCGGCUGAGAGAUGAGAGGAUGGUUGGAGAGCAGCUUCGCCACCUCGGGCCAUGCACGCGUGCCGAAUUCAUGGACAGCUUGUGCGAAGAUGAGGCGUUCGACGUUGCUCAGGUUCGACACAUCCAGCUCGGGCGUAGACGUGGAUUUGCGCGAGC